AGAAAUAAAGCCAGUAGUAAUGUAGUAAACUCAGUAAUCUCGUAACUUCGAUCUCUGCGGUAUAUACUGCAUUCGUUCGCAUGUUGUGUGUCAAAAUUAACAAGAUUCCGUAAAUACUUUACAAAUUUAAUUGGCAAAAUGCCAAUUAGAUGCGGCGGCAUCUAAUUUCGUCGCGGCGAGCUAGAAAUUAUAUCGAUUUAUCGUUAAUUUAUCACUAUAGUUCUCACGUUCUAUUGGAAAAUCUCGCAAUAUCAAUCAAAAUGCAUCUAGCAUUUUUCUUUUUCCUAUUAAAUUACUUGUCGUUGUCAUUGGCGUCUAAAAAUAUCGUGCUGAUUGUUACCGAUGAUCAAGAUUCUGUUCUAGAUGGCAUGACGCCAAUGACAAAUGUGCUGAAUCUCAUAGGACAUCAGGGUGCUACAUUUGCAAAUUGUUUUGUAGCUUCGCCAGUUUGUUGUCCCAAUCGAGCUUCUAUUUUGACCGGACGAUAUCAACAUAAUCAUCUAACAGUGAAUAAUUCUAUCGCCGGUGGUUGUAGUAGUACGCAAUGGCAACAAUUUCGAGAGCCGGCAACAUUCGCCACUCUUUUGCAACUCGUCGGAUAUAAGACAUUUUACGCGGGAAAAUACUUGAACCAGUACGGAAACAAAAAAGUCGGCGGAGCGGCACAUGUGCCUGUGGGAUGGGACUGGUGGGCCGGUCUUAUAGGAAACUCAAAAUAUUACGAUUAUUCGUUAUCUAUAAACGGUACCGAAGUAAAGUACGGUAACAGCCCGAGCGAUUACCUUACCGACGUGAUUAAUAAUUUGGCUACAGAUUUUAUCAAAGGCUAUUCUGGCGAUCAACCUUUCCUUAUGGUAUUAGCACCUCCAGCUCCCCAUGCGCCAUUUACACCCGCCAACAGACAUAACGGCAGAUACAACGAUACGAAAGCUAAGAGAACGCCAAAUUUUAAUGUGUCCAUACAUCAGGAUAAACAUUGGUUAGUUAGGGAAGCUCCAACUCCUUUACCAGAUAGUAUAUUACCAAAAUUAGACGAGAUAUACAGGAAGAGAUGGGAAACUUUGUUGGCGGUUGACGAACUCGUCAAAGAUAUAUACAAUUUAUUAGAAAAACAGCAUCUCUUGAACAACACUUAUUUUAUUUACACCUCUGACAAUGGAUAUCACAUUGGUCAGUUCAGCAUGCCUAUGGAUAAACGUCAACCUUACGAAACAGAUAUACGAGUCCCACUAUUGAUAUCUGGUCCAGGAAUUGAACCGUCUGUAAUUUCCACGCCAGUCAGUAGCGUAGAUAUCUUUGCCACGCUUUUAGACAUAGCUGGCAUAAAGUAUCCAUCGGAUGGCACGACACUAUUUAAUGCAAAACAUAAUAAAAAGCGAGAUCGUACUGUUUUAAUAGAAUAUAGAGGAGAGAGAUCCUACGAAGCUACGACGUCCGGUUGCCCAAGCGAUUACGAUUUGAAUGUCACAUUAUGCGUGAAAGAAAUGGCAUGUAAGUGUCAAGAUGCCGCGAACAACACAUUCAGUUGCAUUCGCCGCGUUUCGCCAAGCUUCAACAAUAUCUUCUGUAUUUUCGAAGACGAUCAGAGAUUCAAUGAAGCUUAUGAUAUGAGCGUCGACGAAUAUCAAAUGAUAAAUAUCGGAUACACCAUGAAGAGAGGAUUGAGACACAAAUUCAGGAAGCGUCUUAAAAGAAUGGCAGUGUGUCGAAAUGAGGAAUGCGUUUUUACAUGAUCAGUAUAUAAAUCAAAAUAAUUACAUUUAUUACAUUUAUUAUGUUUAUGUUUAUGUCAUUAAUUAUCUUUAUACAUUCAUAUAUCCGUGUGUCAUAUAUUCGUGUAUUAUUACAAUAAUUAUCGUAUAAUAAAGUCAAGUCACGAGUUCUAAUUAAAAAACGACACUUUAAAAUAAA